UACAGGGUUGGUGUAGAUGAGGCUGGACUUUUACAGUAUUGUAUUGUGAAGAGCAAUAUGCAUGGCUGCAAGACCCAUCCACAUCCAGUAUCAUAGAACUCUGCUACUCAUGGAGAUAUCCAUUCUAGUCAUAGUAACUCCAUGUCUCUCCCUUCCCCCAGGUACCCAGUGAUCCUGUCCAUAGAGAACCAUUGUAGCAUCCAACAACAGAAGAAGAUAGCCCAGCACCUCAGAGAGAUCCUGGGAAACAAGCUGGACCUGGGAGAGGCUCUCCGCAGAGACUCUAUACAGCUACCCAGCCCCCACUGUCUACAGGGGAAGAUACUCAUCAAGGGGAAGCGUCUCCCUCUGUACCUGUCUGUAGAUGUUGAGGAGGGGGAGGUGUCCGAUGAUGACAGUGCUGAUGAGAUUGAGGACGACUUUAAACUGAAGAACAGCAAUAGUAAUGGUAACCACCAAGUGGAAAGUUACAUCAGGAAGAAGCUGGACUCUCUGUUGAAGGAGUCUCAGAUUGGAGACAAGGAGGACACAGACAGCUCCAGCAUCAGAGCUCUGCUCAGAGCCACACACGUGGGCCUGCAGAAGAACCUACCGAAUCCCAAAGAGGGACUUAAAAAAUCCCAAAGUCGAUCAUUCAUCAGCAACAUCAAGCAAAAGAGACACUCUAAAUCCAGGCUGAAGUCCCAGAGUACGGAUGGAGAGGAGGAAGGACAGGAGACCUCUGGGAGAGAGGCGGGAGGACAGAUCACCAGGUCAGCUCUCAAUGGCUCUCUCGUCAUAUUGACCCUCCCACCUUGAGAUUGGCAUGGAGAUCUCAAACAUUCACACAUAAAUCAUGUGUUAUGUCAUAGUGAGAUUACGUGCAUGGAUUUUAAAUGAGGAUUAAUGAGUUAGGUUCUUCUGUUCUGUCAGCUCAAAUCCUGCUAUACCUGACAGAACAGCAAGCUGUAGCCUGGAGCAUCUUCCACUCAUGUGUUUGAAGGGCCCUAAACCAUUUUUACGCGCACUUAAUCUUCUUUGAAGUGCCCUAAGUGUCUAUUUAUUUACACCCUGUCUGUGUGUGUCCCCCGAUCACGUGUGUGUGUGUCGCAUCUUCUUCGAAUAGUUGAUCACGUCUGUGUGUGUCCCAUCUUCUUCAAAUAGUUGAUCACGUCUGUGUGCGUCUCAUCUUCUUCAAAUAGUUGAUCACGUCUGUGUGUGUCCCAUCUUCUUCAAAUAGUUGAUCACGUGUGUGUGUGUCCCAUCUUCUUCGAAUAGUCGAUCACGUGUGUG